AUGGCAAAAAAUACACGGUCUCCUUUGAAGGAGAGUAACCCUAACACCAUGGGUAAUCACAUACAUAAUCCGAAGAAGCGGUCACUUGAUUUAUUAGAAUUGGAACAGUCGAACCGACAGAAACAGAGAACACUGAGGACCAUAGAGGGAGCCAUUGCACAUGCACCAAACGCAUUACUGAAAACUGUUCAAGGCGGAACUACAAACACAUUUAAUAUCAAUGCUACUGGUGUUAAAUCAGGAGCACAUGUUGGAGUUAAUGACCCUGUGGCAGCUUCUGUUUCUGCUUCAGUGUCAGCGGGCGGUUCAAUGAUGCGCAACAGUAAUGAACACGGAAUAAUCGGCGGUAACGGAUCGCCUGCAAUUGCUAACGCUAAGGCCCAGACGCAGCGUUUGAGUAAUAAGGAAUUGAUAGACUGGCAGAAUAACUGGAAGAAGAUCAUGAAACGCGAUACUUUUAUAUAUUUCGAUUGUCCUGAGGUAGCUAAUGACAAUCGUAAGGAUGUACUGCGUCGAGCAUUCUCUACUUUGGGUGCGAAGGUAAAACAAUUCUUUGAUCAUGAAGUAACAAUUGUAAUAACCUCGAGAAAGAUAACGAAUUACUCUCAAUUACCAGAUACAGAUAUACUUCAAAGGGCUCAUAAGCGCGGAUAUAUGAAAAUAUGGACCUUAGAGAAGGCCGCUAGGUUUUUGACGAAUAUGGAUGUUGACUUGAAAGAAAUGGAACGCGACAGUAUUAGUGGGAAAAGCAUUCCAGCGUCCAAUUUACUGAAUUUAUUAGAAAGUGAAAAGCUCUUUGGUAGUAAUGAGAGAGAUCCAAAAACUAAAAGAGACGAUUUGCAUUACUUCAAGCAUCCACACGUAUACUUGUACGAUUUAGCACAGAUAAAUGCACCAUUGAUCACAUUAGAAUGGAAAGCUCAAGAUAUCAAUAAUAAGAAGAAACAUAUAUAUCCAACCAUCAAGCCUGGAUCGUUUGGAAGAUGUCCAUUCCAAGGAGACGAAACUGCAGAUGAAUUGCAACCACGCAGGAUAAUCAAACGAUACAAGAGAGAUAAAGCUAAUGAGUCGUAUGCUAUGAAGCUAAGGCUCCUAUACCAGACAAGUGCAGAACCAGCCACAUUGUCCUCUUCUGAAACUAGUGAUUAUGAAGGUGACGAUGCAAUAUUAUCAUUCCCUGAUCCUUCUUCAAAAGAACCUAUCAUACUUCCGUACCAGAACGUUUACAAUAAUUCUGGAGCUCAAUAUAAUAAGUUGGUGAACUCAAUGUCCAGAUUCAAACAGCCAAAACUACCAAGAGGGGAUACGUUUGAUGAUGAUGAAUUACCAUAUGGGAAUGGUACUGGCACCAUAGGUGGAACAGGUAGUUACAAGAACAAAUUUCAACAGGAGAUUCGGGCCAGUGGUGUACAAUCAGUUGAUGCCAACAGUAAUGGCAACGCUACAGUUGGUAAUGGAUUAGAGCCUGCUAAGGCCUCUAAUUUAAAUAAAGAUCUUCUCUCAUUGAAAAAAAUGGUUAUCGAAAGAAAAUCACUACUCAGUGCCAGUACUACUUCCACUUCCGCUAAUACUGUCGGAUCCGUUAAUUCUGGCAAACUUCACAAUCACAAUAUUGCAGCAUCUGGUGUAAAUCAAACAAAUCCGACUUCUACGGUAAGCAAACAGCAACUACCCGCAUUAACACCACAACGUUUACACCAGCCAAUUGGUAGGCAAACUGCUGGAUAUUGUGAAAAUUGUAAAGUCAAAUACGACUCUUUAGAAGCGCAUGUUAGCACUGAGAGGCAUAUAGCAUUUGCAAGUAAGGAUGAACACUUCCAAGGCGUUGAUUCUAUGAUACAGUGCGUUCAGCAAUUCAGAGAUAUUAAUUCUGCAUAG